AUGAAGAAUACCAUUUCCGAAGGAAAAAAGAGAAAGACCAUGAGCUUUAUACCUGAAUCUAAGUACGUCCUCUAUGUUGAGUUCAGUAGUUCCGAAUUUGCGCUGGAGUUCCCUGAAGCAAUAGAGAUAGAAGGCCAAACCAUUUGAAUAAGCCACGCUGGAACCCUGGAGUGUUCCAUUUGCAAGAACAAAGGCCACAAUGAGCAGAGACAUGAGAAAGUAAUGCCAGCCAGAAACAAGGUCAAGGCCAAGAAAGGGAAAAGUCAGGCUAUGGAAAUCUCUAAUCCUAACGUAACCUCUUCUAACUACAAUGACUCAAUUAAGCUUCGCCCAGUCCCAGUUGCUUCCCCUCUUCAUACAGACAGGUCACUCUAG